GCUUCAUUCGUGAUGCUUUCAGGAGAUGAGGAUUCUGAAAGCUUUUAUCACGACCACAUGCCAAACGUUCGGACCAGUCUUGAAUGCCACAUGUUCUUCUCUGACUACAGCGACACAUCUAGUGUUACGGCACUAGCUAAAUUCGGGACACAAGCAGUUCUGUACUUCUACUUUAACAGCAGCGGAUCAUUUAGCUUUGAGGCUUUGGUCGACGGUGAGGUCGUCGACACGUUCACCGUCCAGGGUUCCAAUGUGGAGUUCAUAGAGGGAUACUUCGACAUCAGUGGCUGUAGACACUCAGAUGUUAUGUAUAAACCUGGCACAAACGCCUCUGACCCACAAACCUGCUUCAGUCUAACCUGUAAUGAGACGGCAGCUCUCCGUACCACUGAGUGUGGCCCUCUGGAUCGUUGUCAAGGCAACGGCGUCUGCAUGUUUGACCCCAUCUGCACUGUGACCGGCCCCGCUGUCAUUGACUUUAACGACCAACUGAAGACUGUGGAGGAUCGGUGUGGGUACACCCUGCUGACAGGUUCAUCAAUCCAAAACCUCACUGUGGUGGCAAACUUCCGGGAACGUCGUCGUAGAGAUGUGAGCUUUUUGGACAGCGUGACACUGCGGCUGCAGGGGCAGGAUGAUGUUCACCUGGAACAAGGCGGGAUAGUUAAGGAGGGGAACACAACGCUGACCAUCAACGGCUCGACUGAUCUGGGAAACGGUGUGGAGGUCUUUGUGGACCCAACUGGAGUCACAGUCACCGUGUCGCACCCCGAGUCCACCACUUCUGUCUUCUUUGACGGGAACACUGCACAGAUCAUCUACACAGGACCUGCUGAACUAGAUCCAGAACUGGGGGGAUUGUGUGCCAACUCCAGCGCGUCUGUGAGUGAUGAGAGACUUGUCGAUCAUUAUGCAGAACUUUAAGCCUGGAUAUAGUUUAAACAGGUGAGUUUCAGAACAAUAAGGAACAAUAAGCAGAACAAGGAACUGCAGUUUUGGGCACUCCCUUGUUGGCUUCAGUCUUCAGCCGUGGGGGAUGAUGCUCGGGCUCCACCACAUACCUGACGAACGGCUCACACACAGGUGGCCUGACUGUUCCGGAUGUCUGAGCCAAUGGUUGUUGCAGGAAGUGUUGGAAUGUGGCCAUGUGAACAGGUACAGAGAAACUAUCUGCAGCUACUGUGACCUGAGAUCAUUUAUUCAAACACAACUGUAAAAUGUGGAGCGUCCUGUCCUCCGUAGUGUCUGCGUAGCUGCUUUUAUUGUGUUGUUGUCUUAUUUCUGUUUCUAUCCUGUGUUGUAAUAA